AGUCCCCGCCGGCUGCGGAGCGGGAGGGGCGGCGGAGGAGGCAGCGCCACCGAGAUGUCGGGACAGAGCCUGACUGACCGGAUCACUGCCGCCCAGCACAGUGUCACCGGCUCGGCCGUCUCCAAGACAGUAUGCAAGGCCACGACCCACGAGAUCAUGGGGCCCAAGAAAAAGCACCUGGACUAUUUAAUCCAGUGCACAAAUGAGAUGAAUGUGAACAUCCCCCAGUUGGCAGACAGCUUGUUUGAAAGAACUACUAAUAGUAGUUGGGUGGUGGUCUUCAAGUCUCUCAUUACAACUCAUCAUUUGAUGGUAUAUGGAAAUGAGCGCUUUAUCCAGUACUUGGCUUCAAGGAACACAUUGUUUAAUUUAAGCAAUUUUUUGGACAAAAGUGGAUUGCAAGGAUAUGAUAUGUCCACAUUUAUUAGACGAUAUAGUAGGUAUCUAAAUGAAAAGGCUGUUUCUUACAGACAAGUUGCAUUUGACUUCACAAAAGUAAAAAGAGGGGCUGAUGGAGUCAUGAGAACAAUGAACACAGAAAAACUCCUAAAAACUGUACCAAUUAUUCAAAACCAGAUGGAUGCACUUCUUGAUUUUAAUGUUAAUAGCAAUGAGCUUACAAAUGGAGUAAUAAAUGCUGCCUUCAUGCUCCUUUUCAAAGAUGCCAUUAGACUCUUUGCAGCAUAUAAUGAAGGAAUUAUUAAUCUCUUGGAAAAAUAUUUUGAUAUGAAAAAGAACCAGUGCAAAGAAGGCCUCGACAUCUAUAAGAAAUUUUUGACUAGAAUGACAAGGAUCUCUGAAUUCCUUAAAGUGGCAGAGCAAGUUGGUAUUGACAGAGGUGAUAUACCUGAUCUUUCACAGGCUCCCAGCAGUCUUCUUGAUGCUUUGGAACAACAUUUAGCAUCCUUGGAAGGAAAAAAAAUCAAAGACUCAACAGCUGCAAGCAGGGCUACAACCCUUUCCAAUGCUGUCUCUUCCCUGGCAAGUACUGGCCUGUCUCUAACCAAAGUGGAUGAAAGGGAAAAGCAGGCAGCCUUAGAGGAAGAACAGGCUCGUUUGAAAGCUUUAAAGGCAAGUGUAUCCUUCCCUUUAUUGGAAAACCAAGUAAGCAUUCUUAAAGAACAGCGUCUAAAAGAACUUGCAAAGAAACCUCAUACCUCUUUAACAACUGCAGCCUCUCCUGUAUCCACCUCAGCAGGAAGUAUAAUGACUGCACCAGCCAUUGACAUAUUUUCUACCCCUAGUUCUUCUAACAGCACCUCAAAGCUGCCAAAUGAUCUACUUGAUUUGCAACAGCCAAGUUUUCAUCCAUCUGUACAUUCUUUAUCAACUGCACCUCAGGUAGCAAGUACAUGGGGAGAUCCUUUUUCUGCUACUGUAGAUGCUGUUGAUGAUGCCAUUCCAAGCUUAAAUCCUUUCCUCACAAAAUCUAGUGGUGAUGUUCACCUCCCCAUUUCUUCAGAUGUAUCCACUUUUACUACUAGGACACCUACUCAUGAAAUGUUUGUUGGGUUCACUCCUUCCCCAGUUGCACAGCCACAGCCUUCAGCUGGCCUUAAUGUUGACUUUGAGUCCGUGUUUGGAAAUAAAUCUACAAAUGUGAUUGUAGAUUCUGGUGGCUUUGAUGAACUAGGUGGACUUCUAAAACCAACAGUGGCCUCUCAGAACCAGAGUCUUCCUAUUGCCAAACUACCACCGAACAAGUUAGUGUCAGAUGACUUGGAUUCAUCUUUAGCCAACCUUGUAGGCAAUCUGGGCAUUGGAAAUGGAACCACUAAGAAUGAUGUAAACUGGAGUCAACCAGGUGAAAAGAAAUUAACUGGAGGAUCUAACUGGCAACCAAAAGUUGCACCUACGACUGCUUGGAAUGCUGCAACAAUGAAUGGCAUGCAUUUUCCACAAUACGCACCCCCCGUAAUGGCCUAUCCUGCUACAACACCAACGGGAAUGAUAGGAUAUGGAAUACCAACUCAGAUGGGAAAUGUACCUGUAAUGACACAACCAACAUUAAUAUACAGCCAACCUGUCAUGAGACCACCAAACCCCUUUGGCCCUGUUUCAGGAGCACAGAUACAGUUUAUGUAAUAAUCCAGUGGAAGAGAAUGGAAUCAUUUGUUCCAAAAAGACAAGUGCUCAAGCAGCAAACCCCUACUUCCAGCAAGAUCAAAAUUGCUGUCUCGUAAACUCUCCUCUCUUCCAUUAGAAUGCUGCAGGAACUCAAUGAGGGGCCCAUGACAGCAAUUGGGACUAGUCUGUAGGAGAAAGCAUCAGUACAGUAUAAAGCCAAGAAUUGCCAUGAUUUAAGACUAAGUUCUGUCUUUUUGGUGACUAACCCUUCAGUUCUUUCAACUCCUUAUUAAUACCCAUAAUCAGUAACCUACCAAGAAAAGCCCUUAUUCAGAAAGUGUGAAAUUUGUAUUUGGAAAAGCUGUAUGGAAUGAAGAGCUGUGUGUGUCCUUGACCGUAAUUUAACAGGACUCUUUUCGGGGAUCAAAAUCAUAACUCUUAUGCAGUACCUUUCUUUUCAAUCUUCAAAUGUAGAAACAAUAACUAAAAUUAACUUUUCUUUAAAAAAUUAUAUAUUCAGUUUGCAGUAGACAUUCCUUAUGUAUUUGUAUUUAUUUAUGAUUAUCAAUUUAAGUAACAUUAUCAAACCUCCUUAUGAAAAUGAGUAUGGAUGUAUACAGUAUGUUUGAUUUUUAUCCACAAAAAUGAUUCUGAUUCAGAAUGCUUUUCAGCUGACAUACAGAGCACUAAAUAUUUUACAGCAAGUCCAUAGAUAUGAAUCUCUUAGAAAUUCUCAGUCUGUAUGGGAAUUAGGGAAGAGUUAUGAAUGCAUUAAUCCGUAUAGUCAAUUCUGUGCCUAGAUUUUGCAAGGGAACAGUUCGCUGACUAGGAAAAGCACUACAUUUUUAAUUCCACAUUAGUGCAUCUGGAAGGAACUUUAUUGCUUUGUGCUUGGCAUGUCAUUAUUCUACAUUUGACAUUAGGGCCUCUCCAAAAUGAAUGUGAGAAAUUGCUUUCACUUUAAAGACUUUCCUUCUUUUCGGUAAAACUCUAGGAGGUAUUAUGUGGGGGGAGGGCAAAAUCCUGGAACCUUUCAUUUGGCUUGUGCCAGGUUUAUGAUCAUGUACCUUUUAAAUAAGGGAAAAUAGUGUCUUUACAGAUGUCUAGCAAGAGUUUAGUUAACGGAGAAUUAAGCUGCACUGUUGAUCGGUGCUUUGUGUAAAUACAUCUUAACAUUUGGGUUGAGAGGGGCCUUAAGAAGGACAGUCAGUAGUAGGAAAGCAAUUCUAUACAUGAGUUAAGCAUACUUGUUGCAUUGUCUCUGCAGAUUCUAUUUUUGUUUACAAUAUUAAAAUGUAUGUUAGCAAAAAUGGGUAGAUUUUCAAAUAAAAUGCAGCUUCCACAAAACUUUUGUUACAGUA